CCUGUUGCUAUGGAGACUAGAAGGCGGGGACUAGUGACGAGAUAAGUAUGCGACCGUGAUGUCAAGUGCGCUGAUGUGACACGCGGCACCGGCGGGAUGUGGGGUCCCGAGCGCACCGGCGAGGCGGCCAGCAUCCCAUAUGUGGAUGUCAGGACGGAGAGAUCCAGCCCUGAGCUCCACUUACAUAAGGUGUGAAUUCAGCUGAGGCUUGAGCUGUCAGGAAAGUCCCAGGAGUGUAAAUCUGAUCCGGAAGCCCAGGAGCUCCUGCAACUCUGUGAACGCUGAUCCAUACUCCAGCUGCCCCAAGGUUUCCUUGCAGGAUGGCAGCCUCCUGGCUCGCAAUCUUUCUAAUGCUGGCCCUUUCCUCUAUCUACUGCAUUGUUUCCCAGCCCAGCCCGGAUAUGUGGUUUCAGGGUCUCUUUCCACCUAGUGUGUGCCUUGCAAAUGCCCGUACCAACACCUUUUAUGGCAUCAUGUUUGAUGCAGGAAGCACCGGCACCCGAAUUCACAUUUACACCUUUGUGCAGAAAAACCCAGAGCAGCCUCCAGAGCUGGAAGGGGAAAUCUUUGAGUCAGUGAAGCCAGGUCUUUCUGCUUAUGUUGAUCAGCCUGAAAAGGGUGCAGAAACUGUGAAAGGAUUGUUGAAAAUGGCCAAAGAAGCUGUGCCAUGUAGUCAUUGGAAGGAGACCCCAGUGGUGCUGAAAGCUACAGCUGGACUGAGGCUGCUGCCAGAGCCCAAAGCCCAGGCUCUGCUCUCAGAGGUGAGAGAGGUCUUUGAGAAGUCACCCUUUCUGGUUCCAAAUAACAGUGUUAGCAUCAUGGAUGGAUCUUCUGAAGGAGUUUUAGCCUGGAUCACUGUGAACUUUCUGACAGGGCAGUUGUACGGACAGAACCAGAUGACAGUUGGGACACUGGACCUAGGAGGAGCCUCAACCCAGAUCACGUUCCUGCCACGGUCUGAGGAAACCUUGGAGCAAACCCCUGUGGAUUUUGUCACCUCAUUUGAAAUGUUCAAUAGCACUUACAAGCUCUACACGCACAGCUAUUUGGGCUUUGGACUGAAAGCUGCCAGACUAGCAACACUUGGAGCCCUGGAAAUGAAAGUGGUGGAUGGACAAAUGUUCCGAAGUUCUUGUUUACCGAAGCGACUGGAGGCAGAGUGGCACUUUGGGGGAAUGAGAUAUCAAUAUGGUGGCAACAGAGAAGGGGAAACAGGAUUUGAGCCUUGCUAUUCAGAAGUGGUGAAGGUUGUACAAGGGAAAUUGCACCAGCCAGAUGAGAUUCGCAGACGCUCCUUCUAUGCCUUCUCCUAUUAUUAUGAUCGAGCUGUUGACACCGACCUGAUAGAUUAUGAAAAGGGAGGCAUUCUAGAAGUGAGAGAUUUUGAAAGAAAAGCUAAAGAAGUGUGUGAUAACAUGGACAGGUACACCUCCGCCAGCCCUUUCCUCUGUAUGGAUCUCAGUUACAUCACUGCCUUACUAAAAGAAGGCUUUGGAUUUGGGGAUAACACACUCUUACAGUUAACAAAGAAAGUGAACAACAUAGAGACAAGCUGGGCCUUGGGUGCCACCUUUCACCUGCUGCAGUCUCUGGGGCUCUCCCACUGAGCCAGCACCCCCUACAGAACAUUGGCCUUUCCAGAAGGAAAUCUCAGUGUUACUCCUCAGUACCAAAGAACUGGGAUGGCAUGCACAACUCUCAAGACUAGCCAAUUUCCUGAGAAGGGCCCUCCAUUAGACACCCCUCAGCCCUCCCAAGAGGGGGUUGUUUGGGGAAGAGGAGAUAUAGGCUCAGGCUCUGUAAGCCUGAGCCUAUCUUACCCUGAAUUAGCUUCCCUGCUGCAAACCACACUCACCUCUGGCACCAGAUCUUGCUCCAGAAGCUGGAGGCCGACAACCUAGAGGGAGAGCACCACAGUGCAGCAAGGUAUAGGGAAAACAGUACAUUUACUGCCUCUUCAACCUUAGGCUAAAAGGACCACUUCUAUAUGAAAGCACAUAGCAAAGAUGAUUCAGUGGCUGAAACUACUAGUGCCACAGGACAGGAAUUGGUCCUCAAAGGAGAGCAGAACAAACAGAACUUCAGCAAAGAUGAGCAUAUGUUGUUUAAAAAAAAAAAAACUAAAAAAACCA